AUGCCAAGGGCAUCCGUGCAUUGUCCGGUUCUACGGACAUGUGGAGUCUGUGGCAAGCACAGUUCUUGUGAUGGAAGUGUUGCAAGACCUCGUGGGCGUGUAUACUUCUGCCAGCCUUUGGGGCAACCCGGCGGUGGUUCGCGAACACGUGGCGUGUGUGGCGGAGGCGCUCUCCGAGGUCCUACAUGCACUCCAAGCAGGCCCAAGAACAUGUUGUUGGACGCCCGUGGCUGCUGCAAGCUGUGUGAUUUUGGAUCCGCGAAGCUUUGCAGUGGCCGUGCUUAUAGUUUUGUGGGCACAGCGGAGUACAUGGCCCCCGAGAUGGUAAGGAAGACCGGCCACACUGCUGCUGUGGACUGGUGGGGUUUGGGCUGCGUCCUGUUCGAGCUGCUGUCCGGCCAAGGACUUUUUUCUGGAAGGCGAGACGAGGUGUUUAGUUCCAUCGACCGGGGAGCUAGCGAGACGGCCUUUGCAGACUUGGCCUUUGAGAGUGCUUCCGAGCUUGUCCAAGGCCUUUGUGCCCAAAUGCCGCACCUACGGCUACCGAUGAUGAACGGUGGCAGCGACAACAUCAAGACACAAUCAUGGUAUGCAGACUUCCCGUGGCAGAACUUUGUGGUUGAGAAAGGGCAGCUCGGAAUGCUUAUAUGUCUGUGA